CUCCACCCUCCCCCUCUCUCCCCAGCUCUUCACCAUUUUCCACUCCUCUCUCCCCAGCCUGGAACAUCGCGGCCGGAUUAUUUGUGGAAGAAACCCCAGAAAAAAGAAGUAAAGGGGGUCGAACCUCUGCUCCGAAGUAAUCCGGAUCGCAGAUCGGGAGCGUGGGAACCGGAGCGGCUUAUCCAAAGAGGAGAUCCACUUCCAGGAGAAGGGAGAGAGCGCUUUAUACCCCGAGAGGAGGGCACUUAACACUCUGGGAGGAGAGCGCUGUGUACCCCAGGAGGAGGCUGCUUUAUACCCCAAGGGGCAAAGAAAGAAAGAGGGUGGAAAGGAGAUUUCUGAAGGAGGAAGAGAGUGACUUGUGAAGAAGAGAGCGAGUUACAAAAGAAAAGGAGGAAUUGGAGAGGGGGGAGAGCGACUUCUAUGAAGGACAGGAGGAGAGGCUGCUGAAGGAGGACAGGAGGAAGCCAGGACAGGAGGGCAGCCACAGGGGCAGGAGGGCCAACUGCCAGAUGGAUGAGCAAGGGAGGCUUCUCCAGGCCAGGGGAGUGGGGAUCCCCGGACACCCUAUCCACGGAGGACCCCAAACCCUCACCCCACACCCCAUGCACGACCCCCCAUCAGACAAUGGGGAGCCCAGGAAGCAAGAUAUCGGCGACAUAUUGCAACAGAUCAUGACUAUCACAGACCAGAGCCUGGAUGAAGCCCAAGCCAAGAAGCACGCCUUAAACUGCCACAGGAUGAAACCCGCGCUCUUCAGCGUUCUGUGCGAGAUCAAGGAGAAAACAGGUCUCAGUAUCCGUAACAACCAGGAGGAGGAGCCAGUUGACCCACAGUUGAUGCGCUUGGACAACAUGCUCCUAGCGGAAGGAGUAGCCGGGCCGGAGAAAGGGGGAGGAUCGGCUGCGGCGGCUGCUGCAGCGGCAGCUUCGGGUGGCGUCUCUCCGGAUAAUUCCAUCGAGCACUCGGAUUAUAGGAAUAAGCUGUCUCAGAUAAGGCAGAUCUAUCACGCCGAACUGGAGAAGUACGAACAGGCUUGCAACGAGUUCACGACCCACGUGAUGAACCUUCUGAGGGAGCAGAGCCGGACGCGGCCCAUCUCUCCGAAGGAGAUCGAGCGCAUGGUGGGAAUCAUCCAUCGGAAGUUCAGCUCCAUCCAGAUGCAGCUGAAGCAGAGCACGUGCGAAGCCGUCAUGAUCCUGCGCUCCCGCUUCCUGGACGCGCGGCGGAAAAGGAGGAAUUUUAGUAAACAGGCCACGGAAGUCCUGAACGAAUAUUUCUACUCGCACUUGAGUAAUCCCUACCCGAGUGAAGAGGCCAAGGAGGAGUUGGCCAAGAAGUGUGGCAUCACAGUGUCCCAGGUCUCAAACUGGUUUGGAAACAAAAGAAUUCGGUACAAGAAGAACAUCGGGAAGUUUCAGGAGGAGGCCAAUAUAUAUGCUGUGAAGACUGCCGUAAGCGUGACCCAGGGGGGCCACAGCGGGGCCAAUUCUCCCACAACUCCGACUUCUGCAGGUUCUGGUGGCUCGUUCAAUCUCUCGGGAUCUAAUGAUAUGUUCAUGGCAAUGCAGGGCUUAAACGGUGAUUCUUACCCUCCCUCACAGGUGGAGUCCUUGCGUCAUACAAUGGGUCCUGGCUACAGUGACAGCUUGUCAGCCAAUCAGAUUUACAGCCCUCGCGAGAUGAGGGCCAACGGAGGGUGGCAAGAAGCUGUGACCCCAUCCUCUGUGACUUCCCCGACAGAAGGACCUGGCAGUGUACAUUCUGACACCUCUAACUGAGCCCUUCUCCUCUUCUCUGCGCUUCUCGUCUCCCACCACUCCCAACGGACUGACCUCUCUCAAUGGACUGAGCGCCCCUCAGCUGCUUCCACGACACGGAGGUUUUUGUAAGAGAAGUCAUGGAGUCUCUUUAGCGUCCCCUUCCUUGUUCUUAUUCCCCCCCCCCCACUCGAAAGACCUCUCUUCUCCUCCGCUACGUUCAUCGGGAUCGUAGACCGAGCGAGAAGCGCGACCCAUGCGUUCCUCUCUGAUACAACGAGAAACUAUUGUCGCGACUCCCGUUGGAAACAAUACAGCCGGAGAGAAUGAUUUUCUGAACAUGAUUAUUCUUUGGGGCAUUAUGGGUUGUGUAUUGUCUUCGAUGCACUGGGGAGGAAAAACGAAAGACUGAUAAAAAGACCAAAGUAAUGGAAGUAGAUAGAAGAAGAAAGGAGAACAAGAAGAUCACAGAGAAGAGUGAGACGAUCGGCCCAAGCAGGCAAGGGUAGAAGAAACCUAAAACGGGGGGGUAAUCUUGGAAAAGGAAGGAGGAUGGUGAGGAGGACGGCGGGAAGGAGAGGCGCAGAGAUACAAAACAGGGAAACUUGGGAGAUAAAGGAGACGAGCAAAAAAUUAGAAAAA